AUGGUGAUGGUUAUGAUGUUGUUUGUGAUUAUGGUGGUGGUGUUGGUAGUGAUUGUGAUGGAGGUGGUGGUCGUGUUGGUCGUGAUAAUGGGGAAGAUGGUGAUGGUGGUGGUGAUGAUGAUGGUGUUGGUAAUGGUAGAGCUGGUUAAAAGGAUUGUGGUCGUGAUAAUGAUGGUAAUAGUGGUGAUGUUGUUGAAGGGGGCGAUGGUGGUGGUGAUGGUGGUGGUGAUGGUGGUGAUUGUGAUGGAAGUGGUGAGGGGCGAUAGUGGUAGUGAUGGUGGUAAUGUUGGUGCUUGUGAUGGUAGUGGUGAAGGUGGUAGUAGAAAUGGUAAUGGUGGUGAUGAUGGAGGUAAUUUGUCAUGUUGUAGCUGA